CCGCAGGAGCGCUCCGGGCUCGCGUCACUGCGGGGCGCACGUUCCGUCCGUCCGUCCCUACCAAAGACCGCGAGACUGCAGAGGCCAUUGUCGGGGCCGGGUGUUCGGCCCUUCCUUGCUCCUUUUUCUUCUUCCUUCCUUCACUUAAAUCCGCUCAAUCUCCACCCAAUUUGAGAACCCACUUACCCCGCCGGCUUUGGCGGAACCUUUGCGAGGCCGGAACCAAGGUGCUGUGCGGCGUGGGCGGCCGGAGGACUGUUAUGGUGAAGGACCGCCAAUGCUCUGUGCAGGGUUGGUCGGGACAGUUCCGGCGGGAGAAGGCGGCGGUGAGGUCUUCGUCUGCGGCUCCUGAGAUGCACCGACAGAAUUUUCGCCCCCCGACUCCUCCUUACCCCGGCCCGGGCGUAGGAGGUUGGGGUGGCGGGAGCAGCUUCCGGGGUACCCCGGGCGGAGGCGGAGCGCGGCCGCCCUCCCCUCGGGACGGGUACGGGAGUCCGCACCACACGCCGCCAUACGGGCCCCGGUCUCGGCCCUACGGAAGCAGCCACUCUCCGCGGCCCGGCGGCAGCUUCCCGGGGGGCCGGUUCGGGUCUCCGUCCCCUGGCGGCUACCCUGGCUCCUACUCCAAGUCCCCCGCGGGGUCCCAGCAGCAAUUCGGCUACUCCCCAGGGCAGCAGCAGACCCACCCCCAGAGAGUUUUGUUUGGCUGUGAUACCUGGAAGAGCCACAACAGUCUUGCUGUGCUGAAGAUGAAACCAACGCACAGAGAAGGACACCACCAAGACAACUACAAAGAAGUAAAUCUGGAGUCCUGAUGGACCAUGUCUGAAGCCUAACCUUUUCUGGAUUUAUGUGAGAAAAUAAAUUUCCUUAUUGCUUUGCAACUUUGAACUGGAUUUCUGUCACUUGUAGCCAAAACAUGCUGACUUGAUACAGAACGUGGUUAACGGAAGUGGGUACUUCAAGUAGCAAAUCCUAAAGUGUGGAAUUGGCAAGGUGAAGGAGUAGAGAAUUGGGCAACUUGAUUCCCACUAUUCUAGGUUCAGAUGACCCUUGCAUUUGGCUAAAUUGUUAUCUAUUCAUUGGGACACUAAAGGUGUACCUACAGAAAUGUAUUAAGGAAAACAGUGGAAAACAAAUUCAGGAUGUUGGAAUAUGUUGGCAAUUUCUUGUGGCCCACAAGAAAGAGCUACAUCCGGUUUAAGGUGGCCCAGCUGAAUGUGGAGUUCUUUCUAGCUAUGGCCUGCAGUCCAAGUCGAGGCCUUGAGGUUUGAAAAGCUGCAUUCUCUGCCCCAGGAAGUGGAAGAUAUAGCGGGAGAUAAGAUUGAGGAAAAAAAGAUAAACUUUGUUACGCCUUUCUCAGAACUACAGAAUUAUGAAUCAUUCCUUCCUCCCCAAGACUGUUGAUUCAAAUUGCCUCAAGGCCAGAUAUCCUAAAUACGAGGUCAGAGGGAUGAAUAGGUUACAAAAAUAAAAUAUGGAAUGAAAGGUGUCUUAUUGUGUCGUCACAGUCUCAUCAGAAAUACACCAAAAAAGACAAAAGCGGUGAUUUAAUCGGUAUCCUUUAAACAAUUAACACAGUUGCAAUUAUAAUCAGAAGUUUGUUAACUAUAAAUUUAGUAAAUUUACUUUCGUAGCUUUCAUAAUCAUUAGAGGUCAAGUACCGAAAAAACAUUUCCCCCCGUUAUGGAGUCUCCCCCACCCCCAGUGCAACUGGAUUCUCUGUGAGAAGUUUUUGCCGCGCCCAUUAUACUGGCAUAAGGAUUGUCUGUCUGUGGUAGCCUGAGCUUGGAAUUUCUCUGCAGUUUUUCACUGUGCAGUAGUUUCAUCCUAUGUUUUCAGUUGUUUCCUAUUCUAGUUUCUCCAACUUUAUUUGCGUUCUAUCUUCCGAUAAUUUUGACAAAUCUCUAGACACAGAGGCCUGUGUCCCAAUGCUGUUAUUGAAUUGUCAUAAAUACAUACACACAUUUUGGGGGAGAGUGUGCUCAUAUGCCUCUCUCUCCUUACACCAAUUUCUCAAAGAAAAUUUUCAUGUGGGCCUUAAAAUAAGUGGUUGUGUGUGGACUCUGGAGCCAGACUGACUGUUUUGGACUGAAUGAUUGUGUCUACCCUCAAAUUCAUAUACUGAAGCCCUAACCGGCAGUGUAGCUAUGUGCGGAGUCAGGAAGAAAUUAAGGUUAAAUGAGGUCACUAGAGUGGGGCCCUCGUCCAAUAGCAAUAGUGUCCUUAUAAGAAAAGACCCCAGAGAACUCUCUCUCUGUGUUCACUCCAAGGAAAGGCCAUGUGAGGACACAGCCAGAAGGUGGCCAUCUGCGAGCCAGAAGAGAGCCCUCACCAGAAACCAAACCCCACUGGACUUUUAUCUGAGACUUCCAGCCUCCAGAACUGUGAGAAAUACAUUUCCGUUUCAGUUUAAGCCACCCAACCUGUGGCAUUUUGUGAUGGCUAUGUUUAAAUCCCAACCCUGACUACGUGACCGUGAGCGACUUGUUCAAUGUCUCUUUACCAGUAUCCUCUUCUGUAAAAUGUGGUUAUGAAUAGCAUCUGCCUCACAUGGGUUAUGAGGAUUGAAGAAGUUAGUGUUUAUAAAGGGCUUAGCACGUUGCCUAACCCACAGUAAACGCCAAAGUUUUGAUUAAAGAAUCAUCCAUGGCAAA